GGGCUUUUCGCUACUAUCCACAAUAAUUAACUGUUACUAUUUUUAUCGUAAUUGCGCAAAAUUGUAAGGCAUCAACUAACCAAAAAAAAACGGUGCAACAUAUGCUCGGAUAACUUUUCAACUGCAACUAAUACUAAAACGUCCCGGUUAUAUGGUACGAUAUUCAAGUACACAAAUUUGUACACCUUAAUUAUAAAUAUUCACCAGCAUAUAAACAUACAAAUACAAAUACACAUACACACAUACCGACAAAAGCGCAAACAAAUACUGAGUACUACCAAGUAUGAUAAAUAUCAUAAAUAUCCUAUUGACUAUCUUAUGGGUGAUACCCCUAUGCUUAGCCGGGAUAAAUGUAAAAGCUGAUACAGAUACAGUGGAUCCCAGUAUACUUCUAGCCACAACAACUCCAAAGGCAGUCACUACUACCGGGUCGAAUUCCAAUUCUAAUUCUUCAUCAGGUAAGAAUUUAGUGGAUUUAAGAUUGGAUUUGAUUCAACCAGAAUUAUGGGUAAUGAAUGGAGAUUCAUUCUUUGGAUGUGAUUUUCUUGAUGCUUGGUGGUCUUCUGAUGAAGCCAAAUAUCACACUACAUCAGUAUAUCCUGCACAAGUCACUACACAACCAGAGUAUGAAGCUUCAGUAUGUGGACAAGGAGGAUUAUAUUUCUCUACUGAUGCAUAUCCUUCGGGUACUUCAUCAUUACCUACCCCUACCGCCACUGUACCUGGAGUUAUAAAUGGUGAUCCAUAUGUAUUACCAUAUAUGAAUGUAAUAGAUGCAUCUGGAGUAUUUGAAACAAAUAAUAUUUACUUUAAUACAACCACCAAUAAGCAAGUAGUAUUAUCCAAUUUUACAUUUCUUAAUGUUAAUAAUACUAAUAUGUAUUUUGGAGGUUUAGGAUUAGCUGGUCCACCACUGGGAUCAGGAUUUCUUGAUUCUUUAACAUCUUUAGGGAUAAUUAAAUCUCCAUCUUAUUCAUUAUGGUUUAAUAAUUAUUCCGAUAUAAGUAAUGCAUUAGGAGAAUUAAUUCCAGGAAUAAUAGAUAAAAAAUAUUAUAGUGGAAAUCUUUACUCUUAUGAUAUUCCACCUCAUUCAGGUAUAAGAUUCCCUAAUGAUAAUAAUCUCGAUGAAUAUUCUAAUAAUGCCUUAAAGGAUUUAGUAUUACCUAUUUUACAAUUAGAUGAUUUAAGAGUUCAAAAUCAAAUUAAUGGACAAUCUAUAAGUUUACAAUCAAGUUCAGAUGAAUCAUUUGCAUUAUUAUUGGAUUCUAGAUCAUCAUAUAAUUAUAUUCCAUUGGAUAUGAUAGUUAAUUUAGCCAUUCAAACCAAUGCUUAUUAUAGUAAUGAAGCUGAAAGAUGGUUAGUUGAAUGUGAUGUAAUAACUGAUUCAAAGGCAACAUUAAAUUUUGUAUUUGGAGCAUUAGAAAUUCAAAUCCCCUUACAAGAUUUUGUAGUUGAUGCAAUUUAUAUUGGGAAGAAUUUAAAAUUUAGUAAUGGAGAGAAGGCAUGUUAUUUAACUUUCUUACCUGCAUCAUUAAAGGGUUAUAAUUCUUUAGGGUUACCAUUUAUAACUAACAUUUAUCUUGCCGUUGAUAAUGCUGGGAAAUCUAUUGCGCUUGCUAAUUCCAAUAGAAAUCUUAAAGUUAAUAAACAAGCUAUUAUUCCUACUGGAGAAGUUGAUCCAUUCAGCUUUGUUACUUCUUCUUCUUCUGCUGCUGCUACAUCUACAGCUUCAGGAUCACUUGCUUCAUCUAAUCAGAGUACCAGUUACAUUCUAAUUGAUAGUUCAAUCGGAUAUAUUCAAUCAGGUAAGAUUCCAUUUGCUACUCCUAAUACUGUAUCUCAAGAUGCAGUACUUUCUUAUAGUACAAUAGAUGGAGCUGAAGCAUCAGGAGCAGGAGCUAAUUUAGAUAUACCUGCCCGAUUCUCAGGAGCAGUAAUAAAGAGUGGAGAAAUUAUUAUUACUGGAGUAACGGCCUUCCCUAUGAGUACAUCAACUGUAUUACCAGGAGUUGCUAGUGCAGCCAGUGAACGUGCAACUACAACAAGAAAGAGUGAAGCCAAUUCUAAAUUUAUUAAUUUCUUAUCUACUAGUCUGGAUAAAUUUAAAAUUAAAAUUGUUAACAUAUUUGUAAUACUAUUUGGUUUCAUGGUAACGAUUUGUUUAUUGUUAUAAAAAGAUUUUAUAGAUAAGUUAAGUAAACUCAAGUUAAAUA